GACAAGACAAGGGACAGCAGCUGAACCUCGACUGCAAAAGCUCCAUAUCGAGAAUGAAGAUCUCCUUCGCAACCAUCCUUAUAACUAUUGCACUUUUGUCCGAGUGCCACUUAACAUCCGUGGCGAUUCCCAUGACCAAAGCUGACGAGAUGGAUCCAGACCAGCAAAGCUUGAGCGAGAGCUUGGAGGAGAACGAUCUGAGGUCCGGACCGGGCAGCUCCAAGAUCAUUGUGGUGGCUGACUCCAAUCUUCUGAGAACCCUAAAGUCUCUGGACAGAGGAGUUCCUCGUCUCGGCCUCCUUGAGAACAUGCUUAGCACAGAGCGCAGAGACGUUGGUUCCGACUUGAGCCAAGGCAUCGCCAUCAUUAGAAGGGACACCAUGAGAUGCAUGGUGGGCCGAGUGUAUCGGCCAUGUUGGGAGGUUUGAGUUUCCUGGGAUGCUGAGGAGAAGAAAAAAAGCUGCUGACAUCAACCGAUUUACCUUCUUGUGCUUAGAGAGAAUACAAAUGUUCAUGCCUUUUAUUUGAACUGUAUGUCUUGCAAAUAAACGCUGAAAAGAUUACU